AAAAUUCAAGAUGGCUGCCGACAACUUACCAUCCGAAUUUGACGUUGUCAUACUUGGGACAGGCCUUACGGAGUCUGUCAUUGCUGCAGCCUGCUCCAGGGUUGGACAGAGGACCCUACACCUGGACAGGAGAAACUACUAUGCAGGGAACUGGGCAAGCUUCACGUUCAAUGGCCUGCUGUCCUGGAUUGAAGAGUAUAAGCAGGAGGCCCCGGAGACGGCGGGAGAGGAAGGAUGGAAGGAUAAGUUGGAAGAGGGAGAGGAAGCACUGCCACUCAGCUCUGUGGAUUCUUCCAUCUCCAACCUGGAAGUUUUCUCUUACGCCAGCGAGGAGGCUGAGGAAGAGGAGGAGAGGAAGGCGCCGCUGACGACGAAAGCUGAGACCGAGGAUACGACUGACGGUCCUGCAGAGGAGCCAAACGUGGUCACCCCUGACGCAGAGACCCCUACUGAGGAACGAGGCCAGGACAGUGAGUCCCCUCAGCCUAACGAGGGAGGGACGUCUGAGCCCGGCCAAUCGGAGGAAGAGGAGAAACAGCAACAGCCAAUGAGCUGCUUGCCAGAACCACCUGUUGAAGUGAAGAAAAAGAUUACGUAUGCCAAGCUGCUUAAAGACGGGCGAAGGUUUAAUAUUGAUCUUGUGUCUAAGCUCAUGUAUUCUCGCGGCUCAUUGGUGGAUCUCCUCAUUAAGUCCAACGUAAGCCGUUACGCAGAGUUUAAAAACAUCACCCGUAUCCUGACGUACCGAGACGGGAAGGUGGAGCAGGUGCCUUGCUCUCGUGCAGAUGUGUUUGGCAGUAAACAGCUGACUGUGGUAGAGAAACGUAUGUUGAUGAAGUUUCUCACGUUCUGUUUGGACUAUAAGCAACACCCAGAGGAGUUUCAGGACUUUACCCAGAAGCCCUUUUGGGAAUUCCUGCAGACCAAGAAACUCACCGAGAGCUUGCAGCAUUUCGUGCUGCAUUCCAUCGCCAUGGUUUCGCUGGACACCCCCACGGAGGAAGGCCUGAGGGCCACGCAGCACUUCCUGCGCUGCCUGGGUCGCUACGGCAACACGCCCUUCCUCUUCCCGCUGUACGGGCUGGGCGAAAUUCCGCAGUGCUUUUGCAGGAUGUGUGCUGUGUUUGGAGGAAUCUACUGCUUGCGACAUUCAGUGCAGUGUCUGGUUCUAGAUAAGGAAUCUGGCAAGUGUAAAGCCGUGAUUGACACACACGGCCAGCGAAUCAGCUGCAGCCAUUUCGUGGUGGAGGACGGUUACAUCAGAGAUGAGCAGAGGAAGAGCACAGACUACAGGCAGAUAUCCAGGGCAGUCCUGAUCACAGACAAAUCAGUUCUUCAGUCUGAUUCGGAUCAGCAGAUCUCCCUGGUAACGGUUCCUCCUCUCGACUCCUCUGCUCCUGCAGUGAGGAUGGUGGAGCUCUGCUCCUCUUCCAUGACCUGUAUGCCCGGAACCUACCUGGUGCAUCUCACCUGCUCGUCCUCCGGAUCUGCCCGACACGACCUGGCGCCUGUGGUUUCUAGAAUGUUCCACGUACCUGCCAGCCCGGGAGAAGAACCAACAGAAGGCGAGGACCGGCCCACGCUGCUCUGGGCCAUGUAUUUUAACAUGAGGGACACCUCUGGGCUGGACAGCAGCAGCUACCACCUGCCCAGCAACGUCCACGUGUGCACUGGUCCGGACUCCAGUCUGGGCAACGACUACUCCAUCAAACUGGCUGAGGCUGUGUUUUGUAAACUCCUCCCCGACGAGGAGUUUUGUCCUCCAGCUCCCAACCCCGAGGAUAUCAUCUACGACGGAGAGGCGCCGCAGGGAGAGGGGGCAGGCUUUGAGGAGAACUCCUCUCCUGAGGGAGCGACAGAGGGGUCGGAAACACACCAGGCCCCGGAGGAGGCCGGGGAGAAGACGGACAGCGUUCCCCAGGAAAAUGAAGCCCAGAACGGUGAGGAUGGUCAAACCACAACGCCUGAGGAAUAGCCC